AUGCGCUAUUUACGUCCCGACGACGAAAUCGCCAAUAAUCAUUUCCACUUGGAACUUUCAAAACACACGUAUUAUUUCUUCGUAUUUUGGACGAUCUGGAUCCUAGGCAUCAUUAUUACUGGCUGGUUCAACACCUUCUCAAGCCCUAUUGUCCCAUGGGACAAUUGCGAUAGGGCGCUCGACCGUCCUUCGAUACGUUUUAUCAACGAGAAGCAGUUCGAAAACGAGGUGCGCAAAUUGAACCGAUUCCGCGAGAUUAUUCGAAUGCAUUUGAAUGAUAACAUGACCCGAAUUGAUUAUGGAUUGUCACAGCUCACAUUUUGCAAGGUGCGCAGCAUAGUCCGAACUAAUGAGCUUGACCCAUACGUAUCAGCCGGCCUGCGGUUCGUUAUCCUUCAAACAAUGGUUUUUCGAAUGGUUAUAGCCAUUAUUCACACUUCCGAUCUUCUUCUCAGCCGGUCACCACUUCCCAAAGUGAUCCAGUGGAUUUUAUCGUUAAGUCCAUAUAUACAGUGUUUGCAAUCGGCUUCCGCUUUCUGGGUGGUAUCGUUCCACUCAGAGUUUGAUCGUCUAAUAGGAAAAUGGCAUCCGUAUGCGUUUUUGAGUCUCGGUUUCUUCACAUUACUUGAUAUGUUCAUCGAUUUGAUACAUGACGCUGUUGACACUCGCAUGAAACUGCUAAAAUCGCCAAAAUUCUGGCUGAAAUGCGCAUUUUUCGCUGGUUUCAUCUUCGCUUACCCGCAUAUUGUCAUGCAUUGGCUCGAAUUUUUCCGAGACAAACGAUGCCAUUCAUAUGUGUCGUGGCAGAACGCAUUCCUCGAGUAUUUAUGUGUAACUAGCAUUCUUAUCUUUCAGUUUUGUCAGUCAGUUAUGCCAUUGAAGAUGUGGAUUGCUCCAACUUUGGACGAUUGCCAAAACGUCUCAAGUUUUCCAGUUCACAUUUAUUCUCCAGUUUACCAUAUGAAAGUCAAAGAAUACGAGUACAUAUCGAGCGCGAUCUAA